AUGUAUAUUCUUUAUCUUAUUUCUUUCUUUUUUUUUCUAUUCCUAUUUUCUUCCCGCAUCCAUUAUUUUUCUUUAUUAUUUUUUUUUCUUUACAUUUUCCUCCUUUUUAAACUUUUGUUAUUCUUUCUCCCUUCUCACUUUCAGAAACGCUUCCGUUCGGCUCUAUCAUCUUUUUACUGUCGUCAUUAUUUCUUUAUUUACUUUUUUAAACUUCAUCUUUUUCUAUUUAUUUCGUCUGCAUUCCUGUCGUUUGCUUCUCUUACACUCGUUAUUUUCUCCCCUUCUGUCAGUCAUUUAAUUUUCGCCAAAACCUCCGUUCCUUGGCGGAAUAUUCGCGGGGAAGGAUUUUGUGACAUCUGCAAAUGCCUCAGAGCCCUUUUCGUUAACCAGAGCAGAAAAUAUUUUCCGACACACGCGUUCUUUUCUUGCCAACCCAUUUUCGACUACAAUAUGAAUCUGGUGAACGGCUGCUGUUACUUUCUUCCGGUUUAUUUAUUAUAUUUUUUAAUAUGUGACAGGCAGUGGCGUGUUCGAUUCUUCUUCUCGUCCGGAUUAAACCGAAGAUAUGCCUGUCUGGUGACAGUUGAAGGUGUACGCGCCUGGACAUCUAAAUCGAACUACCACCACCGGCUUUUUAUUUCUGACCGUAACUCAUAA